UGGCGAACGUAUGAACGGCAUUUAAGCUGGAUAGGACCAGCCCUCAAGAAGAGAAGCGAAGGAUUGUUCUCUUCGAUGGAGAUAUCGCUUUGGGUUGGGUUGAAGUGGUACUACCGGUAUCAAUUAUAGUAGCUACCUGUACUCGCUGCCUGUCCGAAUAAAAAUAGCUCCCAGCGGAAACAUAAAGCUCGGUUGCUGCCGGUCUGAACUCUUGCUAGCUACUAGGAGCCAUAUUGCAGUCAUGACAUUGUUUUAGAAUAGUAGUCAGAGCUCAGUCAGUUUGUUAGUUAGGCUGGCAGGAACAACGGUUCGAUGCGGGCGCUGGGUGUACAUGUAUUAUCAAGGCGGAGGAACCCCAAUCCCGAGUCACACUUCAAGCAGCUAGCUCCGUACCACACACUGGAUCCAGACCAGCAGAGUCCAAGUUGGACCCCAGUAGAACAUCCCUGUAGCUUGAAGUCAUCACUAAAACCUUCAACCAUUGUGGUACCAGGUAGUAUCGGAGGGUACUAGUACAACAUUGCUCUCCUUGGAGGCUUGCAGUUGAACAUCCGUUGCGUUCUCUUACCGGUAGCAGCGGAGUCGAGUCACCUUCGAUCUCACAGGUUUCACUCUUGAUCUUGAUCUUGACUUGUUGGGUCCACUGGCAAUCAGCCAUGCCAUGCCUCGUCGUCUUUUCAUCUCAUACUCACGCAAACAAAGCAAUCCAUAGAAAAAGGUAGAGCUUAAAAUCAUCAUCACAAUGAACAUCACGGCUUACCCCAUCGAUCAGAGCGUCAACGAUGCAGCUAUGGUUCUGCUCGGGCUUAACCACAAGACGUCCUCAGAUGCACAAAGGCUCGAGCUAACCAGGGCGACGGCGCGUUCUGAAGCCUCUCUCCUUACGAAGAGGCAGUGCAGCACGACUUACCUCCUUCGUAAGCGUCCGCUUCUUCAUGAUACUACGUUGGAACAACAGCCGACAAAGAGAAUGCGUCCAAUGAAGCGUUCUGCCAGGUUUGGGGACGACCCAUCCGUUGCACCGUCUGUUCAGCUUCACGUCUUCGAGUCAGUAGACCACGAGAAUGCUAAUCUUAUUUGGUGGACUCGGGACGAGAUCCGCCACAUUCACAGACGAGAGAGGGCCAUGAUUGGAGUCUUGUCACAGUGCUGCGGGUUCUAUGUGGAACAACUGGCCUGUCUGACGAGGGUGUCAUUCGAAGACACAGUUGACUUAUCCAAGGAAACCAGCUACGCUUGGGUUGCCGACAGCCCAGGCCGUGGUUUGGAGACGCAGGUCGCUGCCGUCCUCACAGGUAGCACCGACAAGGCAAGGAUUGUGACCAGAAAGGUGUGGAGGCCCACAAGCUGUUGCAGAAGCAUCUCAGCGGAGGAGGACAAGCCAUUGCUGCACAAGAACAAGCCAGUGACAUUCUCAGGGCUCGGUACGAGGACUUAUCUCUGCGGAGCAAGAGAUGGGCUCAGCUACUGGCAGCAGGAGACGCUCUAGUGGCCAGGCUCGACGACGGAGGCAUCAAUCUGAGGGGUGGAAGCAGAAAGGCUAGACCCAAUCAAGUCGUCAGUCAUUCCACUCCCGCUGCUCCAAUUGUUUGAUAUGAAAGCUUUACUAGUAAUUAAAGAUACCGGUAAUGUUUGAUAGACGCAAGUGCACAAGCUUGUAG